AUGAAUGGCGCGACAGAUCUGCUAAAUGGGGAACAGCCACAACAGCCGCCUACGCGCAGCCGAGGUCGGCCUCGUAAAUUUCGCUCGACAAAAUGCUCGUUCUGUGGCCAUGAGUUCUCCAAGAUGGAGCAUCUUCAACGACAUGAAAGGAGCCAUACGGGUGAACGCCCCUUUGAAUGCGCAACUUGUGAAAAGCGGUUUUCUCGAAGAGACGUUCUUAAUCGACAUAUUCAAAAGCACCUGAAGCCUCGGUCUGACCCCGCCGGUCUUGCCCGAGCAGUGACGCAGAAGCCUAGGGAUGUUUCUACUCGCGCGAACGGCGCUAGUCAAAUCGAUAUCAAUCCGCCUGCGAGAGCUGGUCCGCUAUUGGGAGGUGCUCUUCAGGCAACUAAUAGUGCUGGUAUUAUUGAAUCACCACUUGCUGGUUCCAUACCAACACAGGCUUAUACCGACUCAAUACUUGCUUGUCCCGAAACCAUGAAGGCGUGCCUUGAUCCUUCUAUGGCGUCAUGGCAACGCGCCGCGGGUGGGCUAGACCCGACGGCAUUGGCUCAGCCUAGACAACAAGCACCAGCCCUAGACCUGGAUUUCAGUACAUUCGAUUUUGGACCCGAGAAAUUCCAAUCGUUGGACAUCGACGUGAUGAAGGGUCUAGAGGAUGACAUGCAAGAGGCUACUUAUUCGGACACUCGGCUGUGGGAUACUACUGACCUCUCGGCUUUUAAUGUGACCUUUCUCAGUCCAUGGUUCUCUUUUCCAGCACAGACACUUCAGCCUGCCAGUCGCCGUUCCCGUAGUCCGCGUGAGGAUAUCCCCGACGAACGAUUUGAUCGCGUGCGCUACUGUUGGCCUACGAAGAAAGCCGAUACUCGCAGUUAUCAAACUUGGAAUGAAGUUGUUGCACAUCCUGAAGACAAUGUUUUCUCCCGAUCACCUCCUGAGCCUUUGACUGACCCUUCAUCCUCCUCAAAAUGGAAAUUCGAUUCAAAUUGCAGACAACGCGUGAUGAAAAUGUUAGGCGUGGUCGAGGGAAAGGACCCGCCGACCACCAAUGUUAAUGAAGGCUCGCAGGCCCAACAGCACGUGUUAUCAAUGCAUGGGACAAGGACAAGAUUUCCUUCGGUCAGCACCCUUGAUUUUAGCUUGGAUCUGUUCUUUGAAGAGUUCCACAAAUUCGUACCAUUCAUCCAUGUCGCCACGUUUGAUGCACGGAAGACGCCAGAUGUACUUCUUGUGGCGUUAUGCAUGUUGGGUUUCAUGAUGAUAAAGAGCCCUUCAGCCAAGCAAUUCAUCGGUGAACAUGGCAUGACUCUUAUUGCUCGUUGUCGCCAGGAGCUCAAAACAGCCACAGUGCAGACCCCGGCACCAUCACUACUGUCUAUCGUCGCAGGCUCAUAUCUCUCCAUAAUUUUGGGUAUUGUGAUUGGUAAGGAUGACCCGGAAGCUUGCCAAGGACUCUACGUUGAAACUGUUACGACAAUGAUCAGAAACGGCUUUUUCGGCGACGACAGCGUCCAAAUGGUGGAGAAAGAUGUUCCAGACGCUGUCCUGCUGGAACACCGUGGUUGGAAGAUCUGGGGAAGGCUAGAGUCAACCAAGCGACUGAUCAUAGCUGUUGUAAUGGCCGAUGCGUUUUACUCGAGCACACUCGACUUAGUUCCCAUGAUCCCGACCAACUUUCUAAACCUAUACUUGCCUUGUGAUGAGAAGCUAUUCUUUGCUUCGUGCGAAGACGAAUGGACAAAAUAUAUACACGCCGGCUGUAGUACAUCCUCGUCCAUCUUAGAAUGUCAUGGCGACCGGAUAUCAUUGUCAGAAGGGACCUAUUAUCUCAACUCUCUCGGGCUACACGGUAUUCUCGCCACCGUUUGGAUACGUCUGUCCGAGGCCCAUCACAGACUCCUGUCACGCAAUGAUUUGACAGGUGAAGGAUCUGGCCUCAUUCCGUACGAAGUUUUCUCCAGCGACCGAUUUGCCAGUUCUAUUACCCCUUUCCUGGUGGACAUGAUGCAGUGGCACGGAGACAUGUUACAGAACUCCAAUCCCCACUGUCUCAUCAUGUGGAACAUUUUGUGCAUGCUGCUUUUGGGAAACGCGUGGAUGUUUGAAUUGGGCGCUGGAAGGCAAGGCGCGAAGCCUGGCAAGGCAGCUCUGGAAUGUAUUGCCUCUUGGGCUAAGACGCAAGCAGCGAGGCGAGCCUGUGUUCAUGCUGCUCAGAUCUUCUGGACAUGUUCGAAGAGGAAAGUCUCCGACAGUAUGAUGCUGCACUCGGAAACAGGAAUGUUCCAAGCAGCUCUUGUUCUCGGCUUAUAUGUUCUAGUCACAAAGACCAAUUGUGAUGAUUCUUCGCAGCAAAACUAUUACGAGCUUCUCGCUGAUCUGGACUGGAGAGACGUGGGCGAUGUUGGCAUGGGAGGGGAAUUUCAUUCUGCUGGCGGUAUCGGCAUGCCACAUGCAACGGCAUUUAUUACCAAUGGUGGCUGCCUCACCUUCUCUGGAAUCCCAAUAGCUGGAGGCUAUGCUUCAGCCAGACGAAUCCUGGUCCACUUUGCCAAUUUGCUUGAAGACGCCGGCAUAUGGCAGACGUCCAAAAUUUGUCGAAUUCUUCAUAUCAUGGGAGAUGUUCUGAUGGAGGAUGGUGUUGAGGAAAGUGCAAAUAAGGUUGUCGCUUUCUAUAGUCACAAAGCCUCUCUCGUUUAG